AUGCAGGACCGAAGAGAUGUGGCCAAUUUUUUACGUCGCAAGAGCUUUACCAUGCGUGAGACCGAUUCGCACUUUGUAGUGCGUGAUUGUCCGUUUUGUCACGCUACAUACGGCAAAGCUGAUAACCUUUUCAAAAUGUAUGUGCAUAAGACCCAGGGUAUGUACAAAUGCCAUCGCUGUGGCUCUGCAGGCAGUUGGUUUGAUUUUAAACGGAAGUUGCAAGACGGUGUGGAUGUUGCGUCAUCUAUUGGUGCAUUGUAUAGUGAGAGUAAUGCUAGAGCUCGGGUAAGCUCAGAAGAGGUGAAGGUUAUUCAGACGUUGGACAACGAGAAGGCGGUGGCUAUUCAAAAGAAUUUAGUGGACGACCCCGAGUUUGAGCCGUUGCUCAAAUACUUGACGGACAUCCGAGGCAUUACUCAGGAAGUAUUGCAAAAAUAUUGUGUGGGUGCGAUUGAGCAGCCAUUUUGGGACCACGAAUUGAAUGGACGUGUUAACGCCAAGUGCAUUUCCUUUCCGUGGAUGGCGCGGCAGAUGGAUAUGAAGGCGAUGGGUGUUGUGUGUCAGGAAGAGAAAAAGAGGCAGGAAACUGAGGACAAAAAUUUAUAUGACGUUAUACGGCUUAAACUGCGUGCUGUGGACGACAAGACAAAGCAGCAGCUUGUUCCAAAGGGAGGUAGUUGGGGUCUCUUUGGUUGGAACACGGUACCUAGGGCUGCAAAGGAGAUAGUGCUUACUGAAGGUGAGUUUGACGCCAUGGCUGUGCACCAGGCAACAGGCAUGGCUGCAGUGUCAUUACCGAACGGAUGCCAGUCGCUGCCACCGAGUGUUCUACCUUUAUUAGAGAUUUUCAAACGCAUUUACCUUUGGAUGGACAAUGAUGCCUCGGGACAGUCGAAUGUUGAGAAGUUCGCUGCAAAGCUUGGCAUGAGUCGCUGCUACAUUGUCCGUAUUCCUGCAAACGUAUCGUCAGCUUCGGUCAAAGACGCAAAUGAUGCCCUUCGAGCAGGUCUAGACCUUACUGCACUUUUAAAUGCCGCCGAAUGCAUGCCGCACAGUCAAAUUACCACAUUUGAGGAGCUUCGUCGUGAUGUAUAUGAGGAAAUUGUGAACCCUCUUAAAGCCUGUGGCGUUCAAUCGCGGGCAUUUCCUUCGCUAAAUCGGUUAAUGAAAGGACACCGCAUGGGCGAAGUAACAGUGCUAACCGGUCCGACAGGAUGUGGUAAAACUACGCUAUUGAGUCAAUUAUCGCUUGACUUGUGCGGUCAGGGUGUGAGUACUCUUUGGGGCUCGUUUGAGAUCAAGAAUACACGUCUGAUGCAUAAGAUGCUUACUCAGCUUGCACAGCGCAACUUAUCUGGCGACGUGAAUGCAUUUGAAGCUGCAGCUGAUCGGUUUGAGGCUCUUCCCAUGCAUUUCUUACGAUUCUUUGGAAGUACUGAUGUAGACGAAGUUUUGGACGCAAUGGAGUACGCUGUGUACGCUUUUGAUGUGCAGCAUAUCUUGUUGGACAACGUGCAGUUUAUGAUGGCGGGUCAAGGUCAUGGCUUUGACAAAUUUGAGCGCCAGGAUAUGGCGCUGGACAAAUUUCGAAAAUUUGCUUCGGCGAAGAACGUUCAUCUUACGCUUGUAAUCCAUCCACGCAAGGAGCAAGAGGAUCAAGAUCUGACGCUGUCAUCUGUGUUUGGCACAGCCAAAGCCACUCAAGAGGCUGAUAAUGUUCUCAUUCUGCAACGCACCUAUGGCGAAUCCAAGUUAGAUAUUCGCAAAAACCGCUUUGAUGGGACAUUGGGCUCAAUCCCUCUGAAGUUUGAUCCGGAUUCCGCUUCGUUGCGUGAGGUCGGUAGAGAAGGUAUGUCUGAGGGUGUUGCAGCCGUGGACCUCGAAGCUGAGAUGGAGCUUGCUCAAAGACGGCGCAUGCAAAAGAGUACUCACGUACAGGAGUAUCCCUGCCAUGAGCCAAUGCGCGAUAUCCUUCCAGAUAUGGAACCAGAGGACAGUCAGCCCAUGCGAGAGUACCAGUAUGUGGCAGCACCAGUUUCAGCUUCGCCUGAUAGCCUCAGGCAUCGAAAUGAGUUUCACGGGAUUAAUGGUAGCCACAGAUCUAAGAUCAACGGUAGCUCUUUGUCAAGGCUCAAUGGCGAGGAUCAUCGCCUUGGUGGCGACAGCAACGGCCUCAACGGGAGUUCCAGCCGCGCUCGCCCGGGUUCUUCCAGCAACAAUCUUAAUGGCAACGAGCCACGCGCUGGCGGUAGUGCUGGUGAGCCCUUUGCUGCGUUUACGCCAAUCAUCACGCGGUAG